AAUUCGUCAUUACGCUUUCAGGGCAUGUACGUAGACUAGCUCACGAAAUGCGAGCGAGAAGUGUGGGUUUGCAUCGACAAAGAGCUCUCAGCAACCAAUCCACAACAAGACGUUGAAAAAAAAACACAUCUCAAGCGCUGCCAAACAUGACGUCUGGAACAAACAAAAGUCAGAGUGCAAUUUAUCGCAUGGCCACCCUCCCCGUGGUAAACUCGGCGUAUGUGCUUGUAUCCGUGCUUUACUGUGACACAAAGCGCACACACCCCUACAUCAAGUCCAUGUGCGAUGUGGUGGAGACCGGCGUGAAGAGCAUAACCUCAGUGGCUUAUGAAGGCGCCGCUCCCAUCUUUUUCAAACUGGAGCCGCAAAUUUUGGUUGUGAAUGAGCUUGCAUGCAAAGGUUUGGAUAAGCUUGAGAGCGCUUUCCCAGUCCUUCACAAGCCUUCCGAGCAGAUUGUCUCCAGUGCCAAGAGUAUGAUGUUGGAAGCGAGAGCGGCAGUGUCCAUCGCGAUCCACGGAGCCAAGGACUGUGUGUUGUACACCAUCGUUGGUCUGGCGGGGAGAACGAAAGGAGUGUUGACGGAGACCUUUGUGCUGAUAGAAGCUGGUGGGCUCAAUGUCGUGCCCAUCAGGAGAGCCGCCCGCCUGGCUAGCGACGGACUGGACUCUGCAUUGAGCAUGUCUGAAAUCCUGGUGGACCAAGCCCUUCCACCAACCGAUGAAGAGAUGGAGGAACAGGUGAAGACGGUGACAGGCUUUGAACUGGUUCCAGCCAGACCCGGCAACUCUGCCCGUCUGGUGUCCCUUACAACCAAACUGUGCCGGAGAGCCUACCGCCAGACAGCGGCCAAUGUGCACUCCGUCAGAGUCCACAGUCGGGAGUCCAUCUCCCUGCUCCGACACAGCAUGGACCUGGACAAGCUGGGCGGAUUGUUAAGAUGGACCAACCUAGGGAAGCAGGAAGUCAAGGAGACGGAGGUAGUUGGAUUGGCAGUUUUCAGUUGGUUUCAAGAUAUCAAGUUUUAUAUUCAAAUCCUUACCUCAUGUCAUCAGAAAGACGUGUUCCAUAGUCUGGUAGCAGCCGCAGGCCACCACAGCCAGCUGCACACCAGCAACUUCUCCCUGAGUUGGAGCCUCAACAACCUCCCCAGCCACCUCCAACAGCAGGCGCUGUGCAUGCUGCUAUGUGCCUCCCAGAUCUACAACAACUUCAGUGGGACCGCUGUCCAGGACCACACCCUCACCCUGGCUUCCCUGGAUGGAAUCCUGGACUACCUGGUCCACAACACGCCCCUCAACUGGCUGGUGGGGCCCUCCUUCAGCAGGAAGGGCCCUGUUUCUCCCAGCUGUCCAGAGAGCAAGAAGGCUUCUAGCAAAGCAUCCACAUUCCAGAAGAGGCGUAGUGCUCCAUUUCACCAGCAUUAAUGAUGCAAUUCAUAUUCUGGAAGUCAGGUGUUUAAUAAAUUUACAAUGCAUGUUCUUUGACCUUGUAUCACUAUUCUACAGACCGUUAGAUAUGGACUGUAUCUAAUAGCAUCUACAUGCAAGCAGUGGGUUUCAAAUCACCAGGAAGCCAUACUGAACCAUUCCCGGUAUAAGGUGCAUAAUUUGCUGUACCACAACCAUUGUCAGUCUCCCCUAACAUGCAACAGUGGUCCAAAAAAGGCCAUCAAACUGGGGCUGUAUAGAGGAAACAUCCUAGGCAAACUACUUUUAGCCUUAUCUAAGAGAAACUGAUGAUGGGUGUCAGUCCUAAUUAUUCUAGUCUAGAGCAGUGGUUCUCUUUUUACACCCUGUACCACCUCAGAAAAUAUGACUCUCCAAGUACCACCAUUAUGACAGACGUUAAAAUACAGUAGCGUAAGCCUACCCUAUUGAGAUACACAGUUAAUGCCGUAACUAUCGUAGAUGUUUGCAUGCGCCAAUACCCGGGAACAGUCAGGUAGUAGCGCAUGCCAACAUUUAUUUGUUUCGAAACAUAUUAUAGGGAAGGCCAAACUUAUUUUAAAUCACAUUUCAAUCAUAUCAUGGUUAAGGUAUUUAAAUAUUUCUGAGAUUCCUCCGCAUACCGCUAGAAGGGGGCACACGUACCACCAAUGGUACACAUGCCAUAGUUUGAGAACCACUGGUCUAGAGGAUUCCUAGGUCACUAAAACCAAAUCACAAUCCUAAAAUGUCUAUUGCUACGGUCUUCAGACAACCGUCUGGUGGUCCCACCGUUAAAGACUACCCGGUCCCAACACAAGUUCUUCUCCUGCCUGGCCCCCCAGUGGUGGAAUCAACUCCCC